CCGGAGAGUUACUGUGUGCUGGUCUCGCCUCCGACCGCGAGUCCUGUGAUAGACAAGUCCAGUGCUAUGUGAAGUGAGUAGUGUCUCCUGAUAGAUAAAUGUACUUACAAGAAAACAAACCGAGUUGGUUUUAUCUAGUCGGUUGAAUAAGUCAUCAAAAUGGUGUCUGAAGGCGAUUAUAAUGACUAUGGGAAAAGCAGAUCCUGAAAAAGACACACAUGAACUUCAAAAACACAAAACAGUGAAUUGAACGAAGAGAGAACAAACGCAAAGCCAUAAAAUGAACAAAGGCAAAGCAAACACAGAACAGUGAGGGAAACAAAGAGAAAUCACACGAAAAAAAACGUAGCGCAUCUGUAGUUUAAAAUAAUUGUGAAAUAGAGAGACAUAGUGAUAAGGAACGAGAGGACACAAAGAGGAGGAAAAGUUGAAAGUGAUAGAAACCAAAAGACUGGGAAACAAGAAUUGAAGAAAAACAAAGCAAGAGAAGAGAGACAAGAGAAGGGAAGAGGAGUGGGACAAAAGACGAGGAGAGAAGAAAAAGAAGAGGAGAAGGAAAAGAGAUCAAGCGAGGGAAAGAAAGGAGUAGCGAGGCAAGGGAACAGGAGAGAGAAAAGAGAAGAGGGGGGGGCGAAAAUGUACCCUGCCAUGUAGAGACAAUGACCCCACCAAAAGGCAGUAAGGCGGAGCACUGAGGUCACCCCCCCCCCCCCACAUCAUGCCAACAGUGCCCCCGCCGCCGCUCGUGCCCACUCUGCUGCACGUGGCACCAGUCCUGCACGUGGCACCGAUCCUACAUGUGGCACCCCUCCUCAUGCUCCUCGCCGCACACACAGGCUUCGCUCUGCCAGAACCGGGAUCCAAGGGCAAGAAGAAGACCGGCAACUGGAAGCCUCCGGAGUUCGACGAAUCGCUGGCCAACAACAUCACCGUGAUGGAGGGCGACCCUGCCUCGCUUCCCUGCGUCGUGACCAGACUACGCGGUCGAUCCGUUUCGUGGAUUCGACAGCGGGAUCUCCACGUCAUCUCCGCCAACGAACUGACUUUCACUUCAGAUGACAGAUUCAAGGUGGUGAUCGACAACGCCACUUCGUCCUUCACACUACACGUCGCUGUGGCACUUCGGAAUGACACCGGCGUGUACGAGUGCCAGGUCAACACUCGACCCAAGCUGUCCAGACCCAUCACUCUCACAGUCCAGGUACCGGCUGCCACAAUCCAAGGACCUGCUGAACUAUUUAUCAAGAGCGGUUCAACCCUCGUCCUCAGCUGUACGGCUUUGCUCCACCCAGAUGCUAAUUCCACGGUCGACUGGCUCCACAACGGAACCAAGAUGAGCAUCGCAGGGCCUCGCGGCGGCGUCAGCAUCCACACGGAGCGGGCCGGUCAGCUCGUGUCCUCCAAGCUGUCCGUUGUGCGAGCAGCCGGACGGGACGCCGGGAAUUACACGUGUCAACCGGAUUCCGUUCAUCCGGCGAAUACGACCGUGUACAUUGUGGAAGGCGAGUUCCCAGCAGCCAUGCACCACGAGAGCUGCGUCGAGGUCCCUUCUGCGAGUGUGUGGGCGUCGCUUCUCCUCGUGGGCGUCGUCCUCCUCGCCGGCAGAUGAUGCGUCCACCACCCACAGCUCUGCAUUUUAUACUAACCGGUUUUUUUUAUUGGGUUUGGCAUGAGUAGGUCCUAGUUUCCUUUGUAUUUCGACUGCAUUUUUGUGGUAAUAUUUCAGGGGCGGGAUCAUUGUAUGGGGGAAUAAAAAAAAAAAGAAACUUAAAUGUAGAUUAUAUAUGAAUAUAUAUAUAUUGUAAAUCAUAUGUGUCAAUAAAACAGAUAUGAAAUUU